GUGCAAGGGGAGUUGGGAUUUAUUACUAAUCAAUCGAUCAAUCAACUAUUUUGGGGUAAUUUUCAAUCGAACUAUUAUUUCGAAGUUAUAUUUUGUGAAGAUCUGUUAUCCGUACUAGUUAGUUUAUGUGUUGAUUGACUCGUCCGAGAAUGGAUAGUGGUUCAUCAGAACUUAUCAAAAUGGGGGCCCCAUUAUCCGGAGAGAAUGAAAAACGUCAAUUAUUUUCAGAAGAAACACCAUCAAAAGUUGGCUACUAUUUUAACGAUGGAAAAAGGAAAAUUGAUUAUGUUUUAGUUUGGGACGAACCAGUCAAUGAAAGCGCAACAAGUAAAAUAAGAAAGAUUAACAGUACCUAUCGCAAAACAUUUGAAGAUAAUUUACAAAAAGCUGGUGUUCAAAUAGAAAAGGAGGAUGUGAAAUGUUCAACUCUAGAAACACACUACUUGAAGUUGCAUAUCCCUUGGGAUGUAAUGUGUCAUCAUGCUGAAUGUUUAAAUCUGCGAGCUCCUCUCGAAAUUCAAAAUACAAAAGUGAAAAAUUGGUCCGACAUCAUACUGAGAACACUUGGAAUUCCUAAUAUAAUGGCACAAAAUAUUCCUAAUCCUCCACCAGAUUAUUACACUUGUCCAUUUAAAAAGAGUAAAUUAAACAGAUUCCUUGGACACGAUAAUCCAGAAUCGUAUUUCAGCGCUACACAAAGGCAUCAAGUAGCUUACGAUAUUUUAGCUACUCAAGCUUAUGGUAGUCGUGAAAGAGCACAAGUUGGAAUUGAUAGACUUUUACAAGAAGAAGUUUACAGUGCUGCGUAUGCAAUUCAUGAGGGUCCAUAUGAAGUUGAUGAAGAAGAUUUAAAGCAUCCUGAGAAAAUGAAUCCACGUCAAAUUUUAUAUUGGUAUUGGGCAAGAUGGGGUUGUUGGUAUAGAUAUCAACCUUUGGAUCAUAUAAGAAGUUAUUAUGGUGAAAAGAUUGGUUUCUAUUUUGCAUGGCUAGGUCUAUACACAGCUUGGCUACUUCCAGCUGCUUUGGUUGGAAUUUUUGUUUUUAUUUACGGACUUGCAACUAUGAAUUACUACGUUCCAGUGAAAGAAGCUUGUGAACAGGAUACAAUCAUGUGUCCAACAUGUGAUAUAAAGCAUGGAUGUCGGUAUUGGAAUUUACGCGAGUUAUGCUUAUACUUAAAAGUUUCUUAUUUAUUCGACCAUCCAGGCUCAGUAUUCUAUGCUAUAUUUAUGGUAAUCUGGGGUGUAACAUUUCUAGAAUAUUGGAAACGUAAAAAUGCCAAAUUAGCUCAUCGAUGGGAUGUAUUAGAUUAUGAAAUAGAAGAAGAACGCCCACGUCCACAAUAUUCUGCACAAUGCACUCAAUAUGCAAAGAAUCCGAUAACUGAUGUACUUGAACCGUAUUUUCCGACUAGAGCUCGUGUAGCUCGUAUUGUUGCCGGUUUGAUAUGUGUCCUGUUAAUGGUAAUGCUCGUACUGGUGUUCAUAGUUGCUGUAAUUAUUUAUCGUUUCUUAAUAAAAAUUCCAUUAUUUCAAAACAAACUGUUACGUUCUAAUGCUGAAAUAUACGCAACACUUUCAGCAGCUGUUGUAAAUCUAAUCUUAAUUAUGUGUCUUGGCAAAGUUUACGAAACACUGGCGUAUAAAAUGACUCAUUGGGAAAUGCACAGAACUCAAAGUGAAUUCGACAAUCAGUUAAUCUUUAAGGUUUUCCUUUUUCAAUUUGUCAAUUUCUAUUCAUCAAUAUUUUAUGUGGCGUUUUUCAAAGGACAAAUGGUCGGUUAUCCCGGUCAUUACAUAUCCUUUUUCGGUCUACGCAAUGAAGCAUGCAAUAAUGGUGGCUGCUUAAUUGAAUUGGCUCAACAAUUACUAGUCAUCAUGGUUGGUAAACAAAUAAUUAGUAACUGCCAAGAAAUUCUUAUCCCUAAACUGCGUACAUGGUUUCAUAAAUACCGAAAAGGAUUAAACCAGAGAAAUGUUGCUUCUACCAGUGACUUGGACAGAGAUCAUAUAUACAUUGAAGAUUACAAGCUAAUACCGUAUGAAGGGUUGUUUGAUGAAUAUCUGGAAAUGGUUCUUCAAUUCGGAUUCAUCACAAUUUUUGUGGCUGCAUUUCCUUUGGCCCCAUUUUUCGCGCUGCUUAACAACUGGAUUGAAAUUCGUCUAGACGCAAAGAAAUUAGUUUGUGAAACACGUAGGCCGUUGGCAGAACGUGCACAGAAUAUAGGAGUUUGGUUUCGAAUACUGGAUUUCCUUGUUCGACUGGCUGUCAUAUCGAAUGCUUUCAUCAUUGCAUUCAGAUCAAGUUUUCUUCCUGAACUUAUGUACAAAUAUGAAGUUAGAAAUGAUCUUAUAGGAUUUACCAAUUUCACUUUAGCAUGGGCUCCUCCAAACACAACAUCUCAACCGUGCAGAUAUAAGGCUUAUCGAGAUAGCAAUGGCCAGUAUACAAUGUUUUUCUGGAGACUGUUGGCAUUACGCUUAGCAUUUGUGAUUGUUUUCGAGCAUGUGGCAUUCGUUUUGGCCGACGUAUUGGAUUUCUUUAUCCCAGAUGUACCAGGUAGUCUGAGAGAACGUAUUCAACGGGAACGAUUUUUGGCAAAGCAGGCUCUUUUGGAUGUUAGCUUGGAAUCAAGAAAUCCAGAAACAGCACCAUUGUCACCAUCAUCUACGACAACAACAACAUCAGAUGCCGGUAAAAUGCGAUAGUCAAACGUCA